AAAAUAUGUGUAAUAAUAAUAAUAAUCACAAUUAUAAUAAUAAUAAUAAUAAGCCAAUCAUAAUAUGGCUAAAACUAGUUUAUUGUAUUAUUAUAAGCUAUACUAUAUGUCGUCCUCAACUAGUUGUUUGUCAAUCAACCGAUACUACCGGUGCCGACGCCGACCCUGAUGUCGACGCCACCACUAUCUAUGUGGACGACACCACCGAUACCAUCCUAACCAUUACUACCGAUACCGUUCAAGUCAUCACUGAUGGUGACCACUAUAGGCAAAAAGUACGCGACAUCAACGAUGAAGAGGACAAGGAGGUGACACCUCCAUCGCCAUCACCAGUGAUGGUCAAACCUAACAACAACACCGGUAUCACUAAUUAUGCCUCUAUUGGUGUCAACGAUAUCGAUGGUAAUAAUAAGUAUAUUGAUUUAAAAGACACCGAAAUGCAAAUAAAACAGAUAAACUCAACGUAUAGUAUGUAUUCACCGAAACUAAUCCAUGAUCUCAAUGAAUAUGAUAUAAUAAAAUCGCAUCAGUUAAUAGAUAACAAUCAAACUGAUGAUAAUCAUAAAUACAAUGCUAGCGGUAAGUCCCUAUUACCGGGCGAUAAGGGCAGAGACACGGGGCUAUUGGCCAAAGUUAUAGAUAUAUUCAACAAACGGUGCUACAAAAAUGUCGGCUGUUUUUACUCCCUGAGCUUUACAGAUAAUGAUCGGGGCCAUAUUGAAAUGAUGCCCAUGAGCCCGGGUGAGAUAGACGUCAGGUUUCUAGUAUUUACUAAACAGAUGCCCAAACACGGUGUUGUCUAUCCGUAUAAAUUCAAUAUCAAACGAUUCAGGGACAGUACGUUCAAUCCCCGACAUAGGACUAUAAUUAUUGUCCACGGCUACGAUAGUACCAUUGAAAACUGGAUGCUAGACAUUAGAAACAUGAUCUAUGGAUUACCAAAUAACGAUUAUAAUGUUAUUUUAGUCGAUUGGCAUAAAGGUGCCAUGCAAAUGAUCUACUAUUUGUCGGCAUCGAGCACCCAGGUAGUCGGCGCCCUGAUUGCCUACUUUAUCAAUCGUAUCUGUACCGAUACCUAUGGCCGCCAUCUGAUUACAAACGCCGACUUCUAUCUGAUUGGCCACAGUCUCGGCGCUCAUGCGGUCGGUUUUGCCGGCAAACGGCUGGUCAAUCCCCAGGUGUCCAGAAUUACGGGUCUCGAUCCGGCAGGUCCCGGUUUUAUGUUAAAUAACCUACAGUAUAGGCUAAGCUCUACCGACGCCUCUUAUGUCGAAGCAAUUCAUACGGAUAUGGCAUCGGAUGUAUUGCACGGACUCGGCCUGAAUCAGGUGGUCGGCAAUAUUGACUUCUAUCCUAACGGCGGUUAUCUACAGCCAGGCUGUCCCCAAACCAGUAUGAUAGUAACAUUGUUUAAGGCAAUGGGAAAGUUAUCCUGUUCACAUAGCCGAUCCUAUCAAUUGGCUUAUGGAUUAGGCAACCCCGAUGCUAUUUGCCAGCCGGUUGGCUAUCUAUGCCAAUCGUACGACUAUUUUCUGGAAGGCCGGUGCUCCAGCUGCCAGUCCUUAACAAAUAUGACUACCUGUCAAGUGAUGGGCAUCUAUCCCGGUGUCAACAAAAACUUAUUAAACAACAUUAAUUAUAAUAAUAAUAAUAAUAAUUUAACUACUAAAUUGGGGGGAGGAGGAACCGGGUGGAAAUUUUAUUUCAAUACGGCAGCCCUACCCGACUAUUGUCUUUAUCACUAUCAAAUAGCUAUACAUAUAGCUAGCAAUACAACCCAAUUAGCCAGCAAUGGCAGCACCAGUACCAACAAUAGCAACAAUAACACUAUGACCCCAUGGGGUCAAUUUCAGUUGACCUUGGAUGGCCAGUAUGGUCAACAGGAACGCAGUAAUUUGACCCUAUAUAGGACCCUGAGCCAUAUUGUACCGGGUAAAAUACAUACACUAUUGGUUACAUUCAGACAGUUAGUCCAGGAAAUUUCCAGUGGAUCAUUUGCCUGGUACAGUUUUGAGGAUCAACCCAAUCAAUCCCAACAACAACAAAGCACCGGGAUCCCUGUCCAAUUUACUAUCAAAUUAAUUGAAAUUAAUUAUAUGAGCCAUCCAUACAAAAAUAUUAGACAAGAUUUGUCGACAAUCCUAUGUCCUGUUAAUAAUAACAACAAAAACAAAAACAACAGCCAAAUGGUCAAACCUGACGGUCCGACCAUCUAUUUUAGGACAUGUAAGCCAAGUAAACACCAGUUAGCCAAACGUUCAACUGAUAUACCAUACGAUAAAUUGGUUACAAUAACCAAAAUCAUUGAUAUGACAACAAUUGAUUAUGAAAAUAAUGUUUAUCUAAAAACUAAAUUAGAAACACUAUCUAAAUAUGUAUAA